CAUCAGUUGAUGUCCCAAAUGUCAUCAGUGUGAUCAUUGAGAGAUGUUGAUAUGAAACGUGCGAGAAAAGUGAACGUUCCGAUGAUCAAUAUCGUUUUUAUUGAAAAUAUCUGAGACAAGAUACGAGUAAAAGCAUCAUGUCUUAAUUAUUAGUCACAUACUAAUAAGUUGAUAACAAUGUGACUCUAACAUAUUAUUUACAUCUUAAUGGACUGCAGUGGGCGAUGUCGACUUAACUAGUUCGACUGUCUCCGAUGUCCAGAUAGACAGGAUGAUGCUUAUGCGUGUGAACAUGCGCCUGGUGCUGGUGGUGCUGUGCGGUGCCGUGCUGCUCGCUACACUGUACUGGGGGCACUGCGGAGACAUCUCAUUGAGACCCACAGUCUCAUUGCUGUCGGAGAGCCAGACCGCUCUGUCGGAGAUCGAGUGUUCCAUCAACGGGGAAUACUCGGUCUCGUGCAGGCGGGACCGGGACCAGGUCUACUUGCCCUUCUCCUUCAUACACAAGUACUUCGAGAUUUAUGGUAAGAUUACGGCGACGGAUGGAGUUGAAAAAUUUGAGUGGUCGCACAGCUACAGUAAGGUGUACCAUCCCAAGAAAAAGUACGACCCUCGAGGCACCUUCACCACCUUCGAGAACUACAACGUGGAAGUCCGGGAUCGAGUGAAAUGCAUCAGCGGGAUCGAAGGUGUUCCGGUGUCCACCCAGUGGGAGCCCCGGGGCUUCUUUUAUCCCACCCAAAUAGCGCAAUUCGGUUUGGCGCACUACAGCAAGAAUCUAACUGAACCAGAACCGAGGAUCAGGGUCAUCGACGACGGAGACAAAGUCCUCGAGAACUGGAUCGUCAGCCAGGACGCACUCAUGUCCCGGGAAUUGGAUCCGGAGCUGAAGGCGAAUGUUAUAAGAUUCACGACAACCGACCAGCCGGCUAGUCAAGUACGAGCCAGACUUAACAUCAGCCAAGACUUCGUACUCAGCAUGGAUCUCAUGCUGAAGCCGAAUUCUUCUGUGACUGUGAUCUUACAGAAUAAAGACAAGAAGGAAACGGUAUACUUGCAUUACGUAACCAGUACCCAGUUAAUAUAUGCACAGGAGGACCACAUAUACUAUGGCGUCGGCUUAGAACAGAAAUGGCGGAGGUUAACACGAGAUCUGAUCAUAGACAUGCAAAAAGGUUGGGCGCUGCAAGACAGACCCAAGAGGAAGUCACCUAGAAAUAAGUUUAAGGUGUCGGGGCUGGCCCUGUCGGGUGCGGGGAGUGUGGGUAACGUGCGCGUGUCGUCCAGCGAGCACAUGUUCCACUUCUUCUCUGCCGCUCGCUGGCUGGUGUCCUCUCAGCGAGCGGACGGCGGCUGGCCGGUGCCCGCCAGGAGACGCCUCGCCCCUCGCGUCCCCGACCUCAUGCCGGGCUGGCACUCGGCCAUGAGUCAGGGUCACGCCAUCUCUCUGCUGUCCCGGGCCUACCACCGCAGCGGUGACUCGCGGUACCUGCGGGCAGCCAGGCGAGCGCUGGGCCCUCUGGACCGGCCCCCGGACAAGGGCGGAGUGCGGGCGCUGUUCAUGAACAGAUAUGUCUGGUAUGAGGAGUACCCCACCAAGCCGCCCAUCUUCGUGCUGAACGGGUUCAUCUACACUCUGCUGGGCCUGUACGACCUGCACUACACCGAGGGCGGGCGGGCCGCGUCCCCCGCCAAGGAUAUGUUCGAGGCCGGAAUGCUGUCUCUCAAGACGCUGCUGCCGCUAUUCGACACCGGCAGCGGCAGCUUCUACGACCUGCGGCACUUCACGCUGGGAGCGAGCCCCAACAUCGCGCGCUGGGACUACCACGCCACGCACGUCAACCAGCUGUAUCUGCUGGCGGGCCUUGACCCCGACCCCGUGCUGCUCGCCACGGCCCGCAGAUGGGAGGGCUACAUGCAGGGCCGGCGGGCCGCGCACAACUGACGAGACACUGUCGUAGGAUUGUUUAUAAAACAAACUUUUCCGUCGCACACAGGGGGGGGGGCGAUGACGUCAUACACAGCGGAUCACACAGAGGAGGGGUCGGUGACGUCAUCGACGGCUAAUGUGUCGACACCGAGUCACCAGUCGCUGGAUAUUUAAGCCUUAACUCUUACUAACCUAUAUACAACACUCGACUCGUGAAGACUUGUAACGUGGCUGUCAUUUUUUCUACUAAAUUUGGUAGAAAUUGUUAAAAAAAAAUUGUACAUUGUAUACAAGUUAAGGAAAUAACUCGUCGGGAUCCGCGCACAAGACUGACGCUGCGUGAGAGGAGCCGGAGGCGCGCGCCACGCGUCGGUACUUACCCGUGUACUUAACAUUAAUUAUUUAUAUCUUAAAGUAUAUCACACGCGUCGCGCGUCGGAACAGGCGAAGCAGGUCCCGGCCGCGGACCCCACUCACCGACCGCGGCUCGCGGACGUGUUGAAUUAUUACAAGUGUGUUCUUACAAAAAAUAUGAAGAAAUGUCUCGGAAUUGAUGAAACGACUGUAAAUAUUGAAAUAUUUUUAUAUCCUAACGUCUUGCCAUUCUCUAAGUAGUUCAUGAUCGGACGCACAGUUACAACUCGCGAGCUCCGCGGGCGGCCGCGGGCGUGAGCGUGCUGACACCUCCGCCGCAGACACUGGCACUAGUUUAUAAGCCGCGCGUACAUCGACACUGAACCGACGCCGAUUCGAUAGUAACGUUACGUCAGAGCACUUGUGUUACUGGGCAUUCAUGUGAGUUGCAAAACAUUCUCACCUGUACCCUUUGACAACUACCUGAAGCUGAGUGCGGAGCGUCGGGAACGAAACGACGUGCUCCGUACUCAGUUUGACGAUGCACUUGUUCUCAAGAUACAGAUAGCCCCGUCGGAGCCAUCCCCGGACGCGAGGGCACGGCUGGACACCUACAUUCCAACUUUAAGAGCUUACUAGUAGUUACUCUAUGUUUUAAAUUUUCAAUUAUACGAUACGGAAACGUUUAUGAAACAAUGAGACGAGUUACGACUCGUCGCACGUCUCACUGAGCCUUGCGUUUUUGAGUCUCUUUGAACGUAUCUGCGAUGCGUCCCGGUGGGCGGGCGGCGUCUGUAGACGGUAGCGAGUUAGUGAACGACAAUAAAAGUCUCCGAAAAUGUAAA